AAGCGGGGUCUUCUGCUGAAAACCCCCAUACACACCGCCGUGGGGCAGUGGCUGCCUAUAGGUCUCAGGGCCGUCCUCCAGCGAUAGGGUUAAUUGUAGGGGAUGGAGCCUAUGUAAGGAGGAGACUUCCUGUAUGCGGACUGAGCAAGUCAGAGUGAAAGCAGUUAGAGGAAUCGGAUCUGUCCGCACACUGCCAGUAGAAUUCAGCGAAAAGUAGCCGGAAGUUACUUGUCUCCCAGCUAUAGCACAGCAGAGACAUGGCCGGCAUGACUUCACUGGAGGCCGUCAAGAGGAAGAUCAAGAGCCUACAGGACCAGGCAGAUGUGGCGGAGGAGAAGGCAGAGAUAAUGCAGAGAGACCGGGACACGGAGAAGAAGCUCCGAGAGGCGGCUGAAGCAGAUGUAGCCUCAUUGAACAGGCGUAUCCAGCUGGUUGAGGAGGAGUUGGAUCGUGCUCAGGAGCGUCUGGCCACAGCUCUUCAGAAACUGGAGGAGGCUGAGAAGGCUGCAGAUGAGAGCGAAAGAGGUAUGAAGGUCAUUGAAAACAGAGCCCUGAAGGAUGAAGAGAAGAUGGAGUUGCAGGAGAUCCAGCUGAAGGAAGCCAAGCACAUUGCUGAGGAGGCUGACCGCAAAUAUGAAGAGGUCGCCCGUAAGCUUGUGAUCAUUGAGGGUGACCUGGAACGUGCAGAGGAACGUGCUGAGCUGUCAGAAAGUCGCUGUCGGCAGCUGGAUGACCAGCAGAGAAUAAUGGACCAAACGCUGAAAACACUAAUAGCUUCAGAGGAUAAGUACUCCCAGAAGGAGGACAAAUAUGAAGAGGAAAUCAAGGUUCUCACAGACAAACUGAAGGAGGCUGAGACACGUGCUGAGUUUGCAGAGAGGACAGUAGCCAAGUUGGAAAAGACCAUUGAUGAUUUAGAAGAGAAAGUGGCACGCGCAAAAGACGAAAACUCAAAUAUGCAUCAGAUGUUGGACCAAACACUUUUGGAAUUAAACAAUAUGUAAAAAGAUCUGCUGGUGUUUACCUUUUGACAUCUGGUUUUCUGAAGACACUGCUUGUCAAGAAGUCCCUCUUUUUUAAUGCAGUUUUUGAGGAAACCCCAGGGCUGGGAUGGGGGCAGAUAUUUGUGGAUUUUCCCCUUUUUUAUUAUUCCUCUUUUUCCCUCAAAAACUUGUUGAAAAAACUAAAAGGAGUCUAUUUCAGUCCACAGAUGUAAACUGGGAAGGGAUAUUUUGGAAUGCAGUUAGCCAUUGUGCCAAUUGUGGAUGGCCGGUUAGUGGCCAAAAUGUUCAGACGUGUCUUUUUUUUUAAACGGUUUGUCUGGGUAGCUUCUUGCGAGGUAAUUUUUAUUACAACAAAAAUAAACUCGGUUAAUUCUGUCUGUUUUACUUGUAAUAUCCUCACUUAAAACUUUGGUUGGUCCAUUUUGAUUCCCUUUUUUUGAAUCUGUCCCGGAAGGUUUUUUUGGGGGGUAUAGAACAGGACAAAAAAAAACUAACUCAGGGUUAAGUAGGGUUUACACAUUUGACAACCAGUUAAAUUAUGGGUAAGUGGGGUUAUAUAUGAUAUUCAGACAGAUGCAGUGGUAGAAGUUUGCUUUUUAUACUUGAUUUGUAUGAGUUAACCUCCAAGUAAAACCAUCACCAUGGUAACGGCUGUCCAUAAUCUGAGUACCCAAUAUUUACUACAUGAAAGAAUGUAGAAAUUUACAUUGUGUGUAUUGUACUGUACAAUGGUUGUUUAUAGAACUUAGAUUAUUUAAAUCCUAUAUAAUUUAAACUAUGAAACUCCAGAUAUUGGCUAUUAGUAUAACUGUUAAUAUCUAAAUGU